UAAACAAAAAGACCACGCCAAGACCACGUGACAACAACGGUUUACGCGCUGUCAACUCUCUGCUGACACAAUUUGGUUCUAAACCAGGGAAAUUUUUUGCGUUACCAACUCCGUUUGCUCCACUCGUACAACAAUGGAUAACGGUACUAUGUAUUUCUCUAUAUCUCUGGUAUUUCUAGGGGCUAUAGUCCCUAUAUUUAAUAUAUGGUUUUGGGUUGGCGAUUUUGGCGGCUUUCGAGUCCCUCUAUUGGCGAUUGCUGUGACAACUGAUCUGGGCACCCUGGUCGUUAGGUUGAUACUCGUACGUCACUUGUCAAAUUUUUUAUUCCGGUCCGGGUUCAAAAUAAAUAUUUCAAUAAACCAAAUAAAGAACAUUGGUCGUAUCAAAAUGAUUAUCAGUGUUUAGUCUAAAUGACGACGUGGAAAUGCAUGUUGGCACGAAACAGUCGAUACAAUUCAUGUCCAGGAUUGACUCAUUCACUUAUCUCAAGUCUCAAGGACUUUUGUACAUUUUCAAUUUGUUAUGUUGGUACUAAGAUGUCAUAGGACGUCACCUGCCAAGUGACAGGUGCCACCUGUCCAAAGUAAAUAAACAAUUACAAAUAUUUAUAAAAUGGGCAAAACGUCCAAAGUGGUGAUUUGCGGGAUGAAGGGGGUGGGCAAAACCGCUAUUUUGGAACAGGUCAUUUAUGGUAACAUAACCCCUAAAAGUGAAUUGCACCCUACGAUAGAAGACAUCUAUGUAGCAAAUAUCGAAUCCGAUAAAGGAACGCGAGAAAAAGUGAGAUUUUAUGAUACAGCUGGUAUUGAGCACUUACAAACUGCCACAGCUAAUGGGACUACAAAUCAACAGCUCCCAAGGCAUUAUUUGGCAAUUGCUGAUGGUUACAUUUUAGUGUAUGAUACAGAAAGGUCGGAUUCGCUCGAUGUUCUAGUGUCUUUGAAGAAGGACAUUGAUAAGAAUAAAGACAAAAAGGAGGUUACUAUAAUUGUGAUAGGGAACAAAUUUAAAGAAUCUGAAACCACAGAGUUCGAAUCUACAUUAAGUAAAGCCUCUGCUUGGUGCAAUAGAGAGAAGAUAAGACAUUUUUCUGCUUCGGCGAUGCAACGAAACAGUCUCUAUGAGGCUUUUGUUUAUAUCACUAGUAAGUUGAAUCCUCCACCAAGCAAAAGUACAUUUACUCCACUUUCUAUGGGGAGGAAAGUGAAAGAUCAAAGUUAAUGGUGGAAGCUGUGAAAACGUGAAUACUCAUACUAGUGAUUAGGAAACAGUAUUGGCUAUAAUUUUGCAUUUAUUUAUUCUUAUUUAUUUAAAAUACAUAAGUUAAAAUAAUAAACUUGUUUUUAGUA